CAUUCCACUGAAGUCCACAUUUCUCCUCUAAUUCCACCAUGGAUCCACAUGAUCUUCUGUUUAUUCUGCUAGUGAGUGCAUGCACAGUCCAAGUUUCUUUUCAAGGACCAGAUGAGCGCAGACUGUUGGAAAAUCUGUUGCGUGACUACAAUUCACUGGAAAGACCAGUCUUCAAUGAGUCUCAGGUUCUCGACGUCGAAGUCGGCAUCUUCCUCAGGCAGAUCAUGGAUGUGGAUGAAAAGAACCAGGUGCUGAAAACCAAUAUUUGGCUGCAAAUGUCCUGGACAGACUAUAAACUACAGUGGAACAAGUCUGAGUAUAAUGGGUUGGACAAGCUACGACUUCCUGCUCAUCUCCUUUGGAAGCCAGAUAUUCUGCUUUAUAACAGUGCAGAUGAAAGCUUUGAUCCUACUUUCCAUACCAAAAUUUUGGUUUCCUCCGCAGGCAACUGUUUGUUUAUACCUCCAGGGAUCUUUAAGAGCACCUGUGAUAUCGAUCUCCGCUGGUUCCCCUUUGACAUCCAGAAAUGUGACCUCAAGUUUGGCUCCUGGACUUAUGGGGGAUGGUCUUUGGACUUAUCAAUGAUCGAGGCAGAUCUCAGUGAAUACGUUACUAAUGAAGAGUGGGACCUUGUUGUUGUUUCAGGAAAGAAGAAUAACCAUAUUUAUGACUGCUGUCCAGAGCCCUAUCCCGAUGUCACGUACACCAUAGUGAUGCGUAGACGGCCUCUCUUCUAUGCACUCAAUCUACUCAUCCCCUGUUUCCUGAUCUCAAUUCUGGCCGUGCUUGUCUUCUUGUUACCUGCUGACUCGAGGGAGAAGAUCUCACUUGGAAUCACAGUCAUGCUCUCCCUAAUAGUCUUCAUGCUGUUAGUUGCAGAGAUUAUGCCGGCCACCUCAGACUCUGUACCUCUAAUAGCGCAGUACUUUGUCAUCACUUUGGUCAUUGUUGCGCACUCUGUGAUUGCAACGGUUGUGGUCUUACAAUUUCACCACCAUGACCCUAAUGGAGCCAAGAUGCCAAAGUGGAUUCGUGUGGUCCUCUUUAAUUGGUGUGCCUGGUUUCUGCGCAUCAAGCGUCCAGAUGAGGACAAAACACAGAGCAGUCCAACCGGCAUGGACCUCAAAGCCAGAAUGGAGAGUAUUCACCUGACUUCAUCUGAUUCGAGGACGGUUGGACGAGCUGGUGAGGGUGAAGUUCUCCUCACCAAAGUUCCGAGCUCCACAGUCGGCACCACUGAACCAGAGCUUGCUAAUAUCCUAGAUGAAGUGCGCUAUAUUGCCAAACGUUUCCGUGACCAGCACCAGGAAGAGAGCACACGCAGUGACUGGAAAUUUGCUGCUGCUGUAAUCGACCGACUUUGUUUCGUUAUUUUCUCGCUACUCGUUAUCCUUUGCACCUUUGGGAUUCUCAUGUCAGCACCAAACAUUACCGAGGUUGUUUCCAAAGAUGUGGUCUCUUGAGAACUUUGUCUGAACAUAAACGGCACAGUGAAAGCAAACAUUUACAUCAUGUAUCUCAGAAUUUCUUUUUUCAAGCACGUGACCAAGAAACAAUAUAGACUCAUGUAUCACUGAAUACUGUGUAACCGUUAUACUGCCAUGGCAUGGCAAGCAUUUGAAUGUAUACCUUUUUACUUAAUCAGCCUUUGCCUUUUAUAGCACAAUUUGCUACAUUAGUAACCCACUUCAGUUAUAUCCUUUUUUAAUGAAUAUGUAGGAUGCUUUGUCCAAUGUAUUGUAAUUUGUUAACCUACGACAAUGCCAAUGUUUUCUGACUAAAUGACUAAAUGUGUAUUUUUGUUUUGUUUGAAUAUUGUUUUAACCUACUCAAAUUGUAUCCCAAUGCAGUACACUGUCUCCAUUUGUACUUGUACUACAGUAACUGUAACUUCACAGCUAAAACAAAGUACAGGAGUUAGUCUCUGGCAAUAUGUAGACACUGAAUGAAAUAAAAUAAAUUUCAGCCUCACAGAAUAUGGUUUGUUAUCAGAUGGGUCACAAAAUCAUAAGCUUCAGAUUUUUGUGCUUCAUGAAGGAACUUGA